AUGUUAAACAUUAGCUUUUUACUUCUAUCUAUCUAUCUAUCUAUCUAUCUAUCUAUCUAUCAGUGUGUUCAUAUCUCCCUCUUUUUUUCUCUCUCUCUUAAUCUGUUUAGCUACCUAUUUCUCUGUCUCCAUAUGUUCAUAUCCCUCUCUAUCUAUCUAUCUAUCUAUCUGUCAUACAUAUUGCAGAAAUACUCGAUUCUUUCAACUGUGAUGGCAUCGGAAUUUUCUUCUUUUUUUCAUUUCUCAUUCUUUUUAUUCAAUAUAUUCCUUCUUGUUUUCUUCAUUUACUUUUUCUUUCUUUGUUUCUACCUCCACCACGUUUCUACUACAUUCAUAUCUUUUUUUCCAAACUUCUUCUUUCCCUUUUUUUUAUCAACUUCUUUAAUAAACACCUUCCUUUUUUUUCUUUUUAUUUCUUUAUACAUCUUCACUUUUCUUCUGUUUCCUCUUCAUUUUCAUAUUGCAGUUUUCUUUUCCGUCAUUAUUCACGCCGUUCAUUUUUACUCGUUCUCUUCCAUCUUGCCUUCUCUUAAUCUCGUAUCUUCACUUUUCUUUCAUUUCUUAUUUUUACGUUUUUUUCUCAUCAUUUCCAUCAUGUCUGAGAACAUUUUCUUUUCUUCUUUUCUUUCCUAUAUUUUAACCCAUUUCUUACAAAAUCGCAUCCUCCAACAACGAUCCACAACACUCCUCCACAGCCCUUUUUGA